AUGUCAGACAAGGACAGUAAAUCCUCAAAGAUAGCUAUUCAACUUGGCAAAGGGUCGGCUAAUUCGCCACUGCGCAUCAAAAGUCGUGCCCGGCCAGCCUACGAGAAGCGACACAGGGCGCAUGCACUGCAUGACGACGAGUCUGGGUCGGAAGAUGAGGCCGGCGACGAGGGGCAGAGCUACGGCCGGCUCGAGACUAUCACCCAUUACGGCCCGGAAGGCGAAGAACUCGGCGACGAUGCAAGAGAUGGCCGUGGUGUUUCCUCAAAAUCCGCGGGGCCAACAGCAAAGACUCAGAACGGCGACACCCCGUCCAACCCAGAGACCGACGACGGAAAAGCUCGUCGCGAUGACAGAGCAGCAUCCGACUCAGAGCCCAAAGAGGAAAAGCCAAUAAAAUUCGGCUUGACCAUCAAUAUGAAGACGAAGCAAGGCAACAAGGGCGGAAAGGGCGGCGAAUCCAAAUCAAAAAGCGACCGUUCGGCGUCUGAAGCAGAGUCAGCGGGAGUGGAGAAACCCACAAAGAGCAUCGAAGAUGAAGCCAUCGACGCGCUGCUGGGGUCAAGCACACCGAAACGAAGAAAGCUGGAUUCCGACGCCACCGACCGGGAGCCACAGCUUGAGGACUAUCGAGCUGUCCCUAUCGACGACUUUGGCGCUACCCUUCUCCGAAACUUUGGCUGGGACGGGAAGAUGAGGGGCAAAAUCAAGGAAGUGACGAGGCACGCCAAUCUAACCGGCCUCGGCGCAAAGGAUGCCAAGGGUGCAGAGGACCUCGGGGCUUGGAACCAGAAAACCAUCAAGGACUCCCGCCCAGUGCGGCUCGAGGACUAUCAGAGAGAGGAACGGAAGAAGCGCCAGCGCGUGGACGACAGAUACGCUGACAGCUACAAACGGGAACGGGAGCGCGAACGAGAGCGCGAUCGCGGGCGAGACAGAUAG